AAAAGGGUAUUAGUGAUAGCAUUAGUCACUUCAUUUGCUGGAAUUGGAGUUCUGGUGGUUAUAAUCUACUACUUCUGUGGAAAGCUCUCAUCUAAGAAAAUUAUUUAUUUUUGGAAGAAGGGAACUUUAACCUAUCAGAGUGUAGAGGCCUUUCUAAGGAAAAAUGAACCACUAGCAAUUAGAAGAUACAGUUAUUCAGAUAUAAAAAAAAAUGACUAACUCCUUUAAGGAUAAAUUAGGACAAGGGGGCUAUGGUGGUGUAUAUAAGGGAAAGUUACAAGAUGGUUGUUUUGUGGCUGUGAAGGUUUUGAAAGAAUCAAAGGGCAAUGUAGAGGAAUUCCUUAAUGAGGUUGCAAUUAUUAGUAGGACCUCCCAUGUUAAUAUUGUCACUCUUAUGGGUUUUUGCUUUGAAGAAUCUAAAAGAGCUCUCAUUUAUGAGUUUAUGCCAAAUGGAUCUCUUGAAAAAUUCAUAUAUAAAGAAAAUCCCUUAAUUGCUGACCGUCAAUUGGGUUGGGAAACAUUAUACAAGAUUGCAGUUGGCAUUGCUCGAGGAUUAGAGUACUUACAUAGAGGUUGCAACACACGAAUCUUGCAUUUUGACAUAAAGCCUCACAACAUUCUUUUGGAUGAAAACUUUUGUCCAAAGAUUUCUGAUUUUGGCCUUGCAAGAAUAUGCCCUGGAGAAGAGAGUGUCAUAUCAAUGUUGGGAGCAAGAGGAACUGUAGGAUAUAUGGCUCCAGAAGUAUUUUGUAGAAAUUUUGGUGGAGUCUCUCAUAAGUCAGAUAUCUACAACUAUGGAAUGAUGGUUUUAGAAAUGGUCGGGGGACGAAAGAAUUUUGAUGUUAGUGUUGAUUGUGUCAGUGAAAUAUAUUUUCCACACUGGAUUUACAAGCGCAUUGAACUUGAUGAAGAACUAGGACUGCAAGGCCUCAUUAGCAAAGAGGAUGAAGAAAUUGCAAAGAAGAUGAUAAUAGUGAGUUUGUGGUGUAUACAGACUGAUCCCUCAAGCAGACCAUCAAUCAGUAAAGUGGUGGAUAUGUUGGAAGGAAGCCUGGACUCCUUGCAAAUUUCUCCCAAGCCUUUCUUGUCUUCCCCACCAAGAACAACUGUAGAUUCUUCUACUGCAACAAUGUCAUUAUGAAAUGCAUCUCUGUUCUGCAUUUCUUUUAAUCUAUUGUAGAUGGUAAUGAACAUCUUUGUGAACUAUACUGAUAUUGGACUUGUAGAUGAAC